UUGCUGCUUUCAACUUUAAAAUAUUUGUUAUACUUCUGACAUUAUCGUGCAACAGGCGUCUGCUGUCAGUCUAGAUUGCCACGCAUGCUUAAAAGUGCGAAGCAUAGAAGAAGUUAGCUGCUUGUGCUGUAGAUUAACAGCUACCCAAAUCCUUCGAUAAGAAAAGGCAGAACCUCCAACCAAGCAAUUGAAAGCAACCAAACAACAACGAAUUAUAUACUUCGAGUUCUCAGUUCACUGGCCGACAAUGUGCAUCAAUGAAACUGCUGAAAAGCCAUUCCGAUUUUGGCUUUUUGUCUGAUAACCAAAAGGAGAAAUGUGCGAUUCGGAAAAGAGUUAAGCGCCACACGCAUUCUUUUGACAAUUAGAGUCAUCUGGCAACAUUUAAUGGCUAUUAAAUCAAGUGUAACGACAUCAAAUCUCUUCAACACCUGGAACUAUAAAAUUAUUAAGAUCUUGUAUCGCAACGCUCGAAACCAUUGAAAUCAGUUGUAUAUGAAACCUUGAAGUGUUCACUUAUUUUUCGGAUAUGACGACUGUCAGUUUUUAUAUACUGCAGAACUUUCUGAUUCGUACUUUAGCGUUUACUCCAACGCGUCCAUUAUAUUUGACACGAUCUGAAGAAAAAGUAGUCGAAAAUUUAGAAUUGUACGAACCAGAUGCGCUUCAAAUUCCCCCAAUUCAUGUUACUGAGAAGUUUACCUCAAUACCAGACAACAUCGAUGUUAAGAAUCAACCAAGUUCAUCCCUAAGCUCUGUAGUUGAUUUGGAGCCUGUUGAUGGCUAUCCACUUGGUGUUCCAAGUAAUCGGCGACCUGUUUUCCAAUCUGCUAACCCCAAACGCAACUGCCAUAUUAUCAAAUGCCCAAAGUUCACACACGCCACCUUCGGCACUGACUUUAAAAAGUGCUACGAGUUCUUGAAUCCGUGCUACUUGGCGGUUGCCAGCUGUGUACGCUACAAUGCUCAACUCCCUCGUCUUAAAGUUGUCGAGAAGAGUCAAUGUCAUAACCUAGAGUCGUAAUUGCAAUGUGCUGCAUACCAUAUAUUUAAAAAAAAUUACCCAUAAAUCAAUAAUAUUAAUUUUCCUGUCUGAUUUCUAUUUCACAUAACUCAACAUUAAUGAAUUAUAUUAAGCUUUUUUUACUGCUUAACACUUCUCGGCUAUUCAUCACAUUCUCU